GCACUUGCUAAGAAUGCAGUUUACACAGAGACACACACACACACACACGCAAGCUCUCUGGUGGUAAAGGACCUCUCCCACAGCAACAAGGAACAGAGCGUUUCAAGCCCAAUCCCUGCGGAAAAUCGCACCUCCUCCAUAUUUGCCUUCAUUUACACAGGAAGGAACUACAGCAAGCUCAACUGUGCAAAUAGGAUGAGGGGUAUAUUCUCAGUGACGAUCAUACUGCUUGUGGCUUUCACCAUUGCCGUGGAAGCCGUAAAGAAGAAAGAGAAAGGGAAGGAGGUGAAAGCAGAGAGCGACUGCUCUGAGUGGCAAUACGGGAGAUGUGUUCCCAGCAGCGGUGACUGCGGCGUGGGUGUUCGUGAGGCCACCUGCAACGAGCAGACAAAGAGACACCAGUGUAAAGUGCCAUGUAACUGGAAGAAGGACUUUGGAGCUGAUUGCAAGUACAAGUUUGGCCGCUGGGGAGAGUGUGAGGCAGGCACUCGAAGCAGGUCUGGAGUACUGAGGAAAUCGCUGUUCAAUGCUGACUGCCAGCAGACCAUUAAGGUGAACAAGCCUUGCAAUCCAAAAACGCCCAAACCCAAGGGCGGGGAGAAGAAGGCAAAGAAAGGGAAGGAAAAUUAAGCAAUCCAGUGCGUCACCCUGUCCUCAACCUUUAAAUGGAACGGCGCUUAAUCUGCAAUGAGGGGGAAAAAUAAUUGUAACCCUAUCUAUAUUUGAUUCUGUCUUUUGUUGGUACAAUUGUGAUCGUUUCCUUUUGUCAUAUUUUUAAAUAAUUUCCGUAGGAAGCUGAUAAUUGUAAUCUACUUUACAUUUAUAAAUAGUGAAACACGGCAAACCGUUAUUUACUAAAGAUGCAUGUCUGUGUGGACAUUUUUUUUUUUUUUUUGCCCCUUGAAAAUUUGAUCUAAAUAUUGCAACAGUAGAGAUAUGAUUUAACACACAGUGAUCAACUGGAUCCAUAUUUGUACGUGUCAAAUAAAAUAAAACCCUCGAAUUGUUAGUAGACUUGCAAUGGUAUAGGAGCUGCGUAUCUAUGCUUGUAAACGUUUCUAAAUUUGUAAUCGAUGUACAAUCAACAUCACUAACGGAUACUUCUUCAGGUCUGUGAAUAAAUAAGAAAAGUUGUUUUUUUUUUC